AUGCCCAAGGAAGUCAAGCAGAAGAGCGGUCUCGCUCGCGGCAUCAACGCCGGCCACAAGGUCACCCCCCGCCAGCCCGCUGCCCGCGUUUCGCGCACCAAGGGUCACCUCAGCAAGCGCACCGCUUUCGUCCGUGACGUUGUCAAGGAGGUUGCCGGUCUCGCCCCCUACGAGCGCCGCGUUGUUGAACUUCUCCGCAACUCCAAGGACAAGCGUGCCCGCAAGCUCGCAAAGAGAAGACUCGGUACCUUCGGCCGCGCCAAGAGAAAGGUCGACGAGAUGACCAACUACAUCGCCGAGUCCCGUCGCGCUGGUCACUAA